UGUAAUUUGAGCUACAUCUAGGCUGAAAUAAUAGAUUCUAGACUCUAGAUUAGUUUUAGAUCAUCUAGUUCUAGAAGUCUAGACUCUAGUCUAAUGCUCAAGAUCUAUUACCAAUCAAUUUAGAUCUGGACUCUGACUUGAAAAAAAAUGGCAGCGUUAGAGUUUUCAGGCACUCUGGAACCCUCAGAUCCCAUUGAGAAUGCAGUUUUAAUUAUUGGACAACUGAAGCAUUUGUCUAAACUUCGAUUUGAGGACAUUCAAUGCAAGUUUGGUUCUCGUGUUGAUGCUGAGACUUUCAGUGCAUGUGUCAGCAGCCUCCACCCAUCCCCCACUGACCAAUGCUCACUGUGGUUGAACAGCGCAACAAUAGCGGCCUUGCCCCUGAAAUGUAGCCGCCACAAUACCCCGUCUCGUUGUCAUUCACUAACCAAACUUGUGAAAAGUGGCCUCGCUGGAGGUCAGGAAUAUAUUGUUAUUGUGUGUGAACGAGAAAAUGCGUUUGCUUCAGGAUUGGCUGUGGCUAGAGCUCUUCCGUUAUACUCAGCCAAAUCAGGAUCCCAUAACAACACUGCCAGGAAGGUAACAGUUGAGUUCAUUGUCAUGGAGGGCGACCAGAUAGUGACGCUGUCUAAAGAAGAGUUGGAUUGUGUCAGGUCUGUUGCUGAUGGUGUCAGACUGGCUGCUAAAAUUGUGGAUAUGCCAUGUAGUGAGAUGAAUGUUGAUCAUUUUCUACAGGAAAUUAUUGAAGUCGGCAGACAACUGGGAAUAACUCCAAAGAUAAUUUCAGGGGAGGAACUUGCUCACAAAGGAUUUGGAGGCAUCUAUGGUGUUGGUAAAGCUGCAGUGGUUCCCCCUGCAUUGGCCGUGCUGAGUCAUGUUGUUCCCAACUCCACCGAAACAAUUGCUUGGGUUGGUAAAGGAAUAGUUUAUGAUACUGGUGGCCUGUGUAUAAAGACCAAGACUGGUAUGUGUGGAAUGAAACGAGAUUGUGGGGGAGCAGCCGCAAUAUUAGGAGCUUUCAAGGCUGCUGUCAAAUUGGGCUUCAGUGAGACUCUACAUGCUGUGUUUUGUUUAGCUGACAAUGCUGUGGGCCCUCUGGCUCAACGACCAGAUGAUAUUGUUUAUAUGUACUCUGGGCGUACGGUUGAAAUCAACAAUACUGAUGCUGAAGGCAGGCUUGUUCUUGCUGAUGGGGUAGCCUAUGCUGUAAAAGAUUUACGAAGUGACAUUAUUGUAGAUAUGGCUACACUCACAGGAGCUCAGGGUAUCGCCACAGGCAAGUACCAUGCAAGUAUUUUAACCAACAAUGACAAACUGGAGGAACUCUGUGUCAAAGUUGGCCGCUCCAGCGGAGACCUGGUCCAUCCUGUUCCAUUUACACCUGAGCUACAUUUACCAGAGUUUUCUAGUGCGAUAGCUGACAUGAAGAAUUCUGUGGCUGACAGAGGCAAUGCUCAAGUGUCGUGUGCCGGUUUGUUCAUCAUGUCCCACCUCGGACAAGAUUAUCCUGGUGCUUGGUUACACGUGGACAUAGCCUCCCCUGUUUAUUCCGGGGAAAGAGCUACAGGCUAUGGUGUCGGUCUACUCACUGCCUUCUUUGGGGACCGCUCCCUCAACCCAUUGCUACGUCUGGUAGGCCCUAAUGGUCUGGUCAACAAUGGUACAGCUAUGGAGGAGGAUGAAGAAGAUGGACCUAAAAGAUUAAAGUUGAACUGAGGGAGCUACAAACUCGGUCAUUGGCAGACUAGCAAUUCAAUUUCAUAUUGAAAUAGGGAAGAAAGUUACUUGCACUUAGUUUGACUUUUUUUUUUUCCUGACAGUGUAGUUGUGUGCAUUUCACACUGUUCGGUUCACUUCAUGUGAAUUUAAUUCAUGGUCAGCUCUUUAUCCAAUGUGAGCUUGUGUCAUUCUUAGGCACUUCAUUAUUUGUUCUAUCACCUUGUGUAAUUAAUCAUUAGCACUACUUUGUAUAUGACAUUAUGUAUGACACAACAGGCUCUUGAAUACAGUAUUGAAUGCCAGCUUUAAUCACUUCUAAAGUAAGGCUCUUCACAGAUUUGGGAGACUUUGAAAUCAUAUUUUUUAAAGUUUUUCUUUUCUUUCAGACUUUUUUUAAUUUGUUAACUUUCAAAAGAGAUUUAGUGAAGAAUCUCUUUUAACUACGGAAAAACAACGUCAGAGAAGAUAAAUAGUUGCAGGACCAUAUGGUUUAGAAUUGUCACUCAUUUCAGUAGGUUAGGUUCCCUGAUACCGUCCAGUUCUAAAGGCUUUAAUUAAUUUAAACUUUUUAAUCUACCACAGGGUAACAGAAAACAGUUCAAUUUAUUUACGCUAUAGAUCAUUACAUUUUUUAAAGAAAGGAAUUCAUUUCUACUUGUCAUAAUUCAAACUAUAAGAAAAUUACAUUUAACAGCAAUUUUUUUAAAAGUCACUUUUAUUGAAUUUCAUUAGUGAUGUAAUUUUGUGUAUCAAGCCACUGUCAAAGAUUCCAUUAUAAUAGUGUACAAUGUUGCAUUGUAGGUUUUAAAUUUAUUUUUAUUUUUUCUUUGUAUUUUUCAUUUGGUCUAAGAGUUUGAUUCUUGGUACAAGUUUGUUUUCUUGUUUUGUCUACAAAAAUUAUUUUUUUUUAUAUUCAUUCCUACAUCGACCUACGACUGUUGACUAGUAUUAUGUAGCUAUAACUCACUAUAUAGUUCACUGCCAGUGGAAUAUUUUUGGGGAUGAGUAAGUAUGUAUUUUUUUUUUCUACUUAAAAGUGCACAGACCCAACUGUUACGAUCAAUGUCCUCACCCCAUUAUCUCCAAGUUUGUUUUUUAACAUGUUAGGCGACAAAACUUGAACAUUUUCUCAUAAAUUGGAUUAAUAACAAGCUAAGUCUAAAAAAUACUUUAAAAAAAACAAAGCUUAUAUUGAGUGAAAGGAGAUCACUGUUCACUUGCUACCAUAUCUCUCAAUAUUGCAAUUGUGAGAACAGAGUUAGUUAAUAUAAGCUUUGUAAUAAAAAUACUUUUAUUUUUGUACACACUAUGUAAGACUAGCUUUUUCGGGAGGGGGUAUAAAUAGUGAGUAGGAUCUAAGUUGACAAAGUAUCACCAUGGUGGUACCGUAAUACAUGUAUUUUAAAAGCAAUACACUGAAGAAAGAAAAUGUAUUGAGGAGAUGUGAGUCAUGACUUUGUUGCUACUUUUAAAAUGUGUGUUUCUUUAUGGGCAUUGUAUUAAUCCUUCACAUUUAUUUCAAAGGAAAAUGAUAAAUGUAACUUUUUUCUUUCUUUCUUUUUUUUUUUUUAUAUAUCAUUUUGUGGCUUUAUGUAGUACUGUGUUUUUAAUUUGAUUUAUUUGAGACUCUAGACUGAUUUUUUUUAUUGUUGUUCUUAGUAUGAGCUUUGAUUUAUUGAACUGCAAAAGAAAAAUUAAAAUACAUUUUUUUAAA